AUGCUGACUGGCUCAUGUUUAGCGACACCCUAUGAUCGUGAAGGAGCGCCACUCGACCCCAGUGUUCCUCCAUCAUUUCCGCUUCCACAUCCUUUCAAAUGGGACCCGUUCGCGAACAGGGCCAACUUCGAGUUUGUUGAGUAUCACUAUGAACAGGCUCACUCGUCAAUAACAGGUGUCAACCAUCUCCUCGACAUUCUCGCUGCCCAACGCAUCCUUCAAGGUGAAAACAGCGAAACCGGCGGCUUCUACGACAACUACAAGGAGCUCUUAGCCGCCAUCGAUGCCAUCAAAGUAGGCCCAACGUCGUGGACUUCCUUCAUCGUCCGCUGGAAUGGUCCCGUUGAUGCCUCAUCGCCAUCCUGGAAACGCGAAGAGUUCGUCAUUCACACACGCGAUAUAAGAGAGGCCUAUCAUGGAAUGCUUAGCAGUCGAGACUUCGAAGGCAAGUUUGAUACACGACCAUACAAGCGUUGGGUGAAAGGCGAACGGACGUACUCGAACCUCAUGUCGUCGGUUUGGGCAUGGGAUAAAGCAACUGAGAUCGCCGCUGAUCCGACCACUCACGGAUCAAUGCUAGUCCCCAUCAUCCUUGGAGCUGACAAGACCACAGUUUCCGUGGCAACGGGCAACCAGGAGUUUCACCCGGUGUACACUUCACCAGGAAACGUGCACAACGACCUACGUCGUGCACAUCGUGAUGCUCUAAUUCCUAUUGCGUUCCUUGCCACCCCAAAAGCCGCGCGCGAAAGUGAGAAUGACGCCGAAUUUCGACUCUUCAAGAAACAACUAUACCACGCCUCGAUCGCUCAAAUCCUCAUGCCCCUGAAGGAUGCAAUGACUACUCCCGAGCUCGUACGUUGUCCUGAUGGACACUACCGUCGUGCCAUCUACGAGAUCGGCCCCUUCAUCGCAGAUUACCCGGAGCAAGUGAUCCUUGCAGGUAUUGUUCAGGGUUGGUGCCCUAAAUGUUUCUCGCGGCCACAAGCGCUGGAUGAGAUCGGACGGCCGCGGUUCCGUGAGUACGUCGAAACACUUCAAGAAACAUACGCCGGUGAUCCAGGAGUCCUUUGGGAUGCAUUUGGAGUGGUCGCUAACGUGAUUCCCUUCACGUCUCACUUCCCUCGAGCCGACAUCCAUGAACUCCUCACACCCGACCUACUCCAUCAAGUCAUCAAGGGUACCUUCAAGGACCACCUUGUUCAGUGGGUUGAAGACUACAUCAAGCUCUACAACAGUCCCGCCGAAGCGAAAAUGAAGCUCGACGACAUUGAUCGCAGAAUCGCUGCUGUUCCUGCCUUCCCGGGACUUCGCCGCUUUUCCAGUGGUUUGAACUUCACGCAAUGGACCGGGGAUGACACUAAAGCCUUAAUGAAGGUUUACAUUCCGGCAAUCGUUGGCCACGUCCCUGAUCGCGUUGUCAAAGCAGUUGUAGCAUUUCUCGAUUUCUGCUACAUCGCCCGCCGACCUUCUCAUACCGAAAAGUCGCUCGCUGAAAUGGACGCUGCCCUUCAACGAUUCCAUACGUACCGCACGGUCUUUGUCGAAGAGGGAGUCCGUGCGAACUUCGCUCUCCCACGCCAGCACGCACUCGUUCACUAUGUUCGUAGUAUCAGGUUGUUUGGUUCGCCGAACGGCCUAUGCUCGUCCAUCACGGAAUCGAAGCAUAUCAAGGCCGUCAAGGAGCCGUGGCGCGAUUCAAACCGUAACGAACCACUCGAGCAAAUUAUACAGAAGAAUGUCCGCCUUGGGAAGAUCGCAGCGGCUCGGGUAGACUUUGGUGCAAGGGGCAUGCUUAAUGGGAACGUUCGGAGGGCGGCUUACGAGGAGGUGGGGUUUUAUCGUCCAAGACUACAUGUGGAGAAGGAAGAUGAGGCAGAGACGAACGACGCGGAAAAGGUGAAGGCAUAUAAUGAGGGGAAAUUGGUUAUCGACGUGGAGGAUAUCGACUCGGAGCCAGCGCCAGUUGAUGACCUUUCCGAAACAUCUGGACUCCCUCAGCUCGAAAUACUCCUCCGUCGCUUUCUCUACGAUCAAAUUUACCCUGACCCCGAGUUAGAUGCCGAGCGUGUCCCCAUCGCUAGGCUCCCCGACAUUGAUGACAAGCUCUCCGUCUAUCAUAGUGCUCGUGCCGCCUGGUAUGCUCCCAGCGAGCUGGCUGGCCCUACUGGCAUGCACUCCGAGAUUAUUCGCAGCACUCCCCUGUUUUUUCGACGGUGGGAACGACGAGACACGGUGCUUAUUCAGAACGGCUCAGAGGAUGAGGUCAUGGAUGGCAUGGUAGUUGGGCGAGUGCUCAUGUUUUUGGGUGUCCCUCACGGUGAUGAAGAAUACCCCUGUGCUGUGGUUGAGUGGAUGCAUCCAGUCGGCGAGAGUCCUGAUCCCGUCACGGGGAUGUGGAUUGUGGCGCCCGAGAAGGUCGGUCCGAAGCGUACCGUCGGUGUCGUUCAUCUCGAUUGUAUUGCACGUUCUUGUCAUCUUAUUGGUGUCUAUGGCGAGACUCGGUUACCUUAUGACUUCGCAUUUUCAGACUCACAUACUGCUUUCAAAUCCUUUUACCUUAACAAGUACAUAGAUUAUCAUAGUCAUGAAGAGGGGCCUGGCACAGUAGGUUAA